GCAGGCAUCAUAUUGAUUAGAAGCAAAAAGGUGCAAAAAUGAAGCCUGUUGUAGUAAUGCUUUCGAUUAACCUUGCGCUCGCUGGUGUAAAUAUACUACUUAAGGAGAUUCUUAGUGAAGGGAUUAGUCAGCUAGUUAUCGUUAUGUACCGGCAAACAAUUUCCGCUCUAUUCUUGUCGCCAAUUGCCUAUUUUUGGGAGAGGAAAACCAGACCUCAGCUUACGGCUUACAUCUUAUUCCUCCUUUUCAUCAGUUCCUUAGUUGGGCUAACACUAACAUUAUAUCUAUUCCUAAUUGGUCUGCAAUACACAUCUGCCACUUUCUCUUGUGCAUUUCUCAACCUGGUGCCCGUAAAUACGUUCAUUCUAGCCGUAUUGUUCGGUAUGGAGAAAGUGGACAUGAAAAGCAAGGGUGGAAGAGCCAAAGUACUUGGGACACUGGUUUGCAUUUCAGGAAACUUAAUUUUGAUUCUGUACAAAGGAAUGCCGUUAACCAGCCCGGGAUCAGCAACCGGGAAAACAAACGGGGUUCAUCCGACAGUUCAACCUGAAAGGCCAGAGAGAUGGUUGAUAGGUUCAUUGGUUUUGACUGCAGGCUGCUUCAUGUGGUCCUCUUGGUUCCUAAUGCAAUCAAGGGUAGGCAAGGUUUAUCCAUGCCAAUAUUCUAGUACCUGCAUCAUGUCCUUUUUCAGCGCCAUCCAGUCGGUGGUUUUACAUUUGAUUAUCGACACAAAGAACUCUGUGUUCGUCGUGAAAGGGAAGUCUGCUAUCUUAAGCCUCAUAUAUGCUGGAUCAGUGGGUUCAGGGUUGUGCUAUGUGGGGAUGUCAUGGUGUGUGAAAAAGAAAGGGCCAGUUUUCACUGCUGCUUUUACCCCUUUCAUGGAGUUGUUUGCAGCCAUAUUUGAUUUCUUCAUCUUGCAUGAGCAGAUUCACCUUGGAAGUGUUGUGGGGUCAGUGUUGAUCAUAAGUGGAAUGUAUAUUCUUCUGUGGGGUAAAGAUAGAGAAGCAAAGGAAUGUGCUGUGAAGCAAACUGUAUCAGUUGAAGAAGGCUAUGGUGAUUCAACCAUACCAUCAUCAAAUACAAAUGCAGUGGAGCAGAUUUAGAUACAAACAUCUUCAUUUGCCUUUUCAUUUCCUCUAAAAAGUUCCCAUACUUUGUUAGAUUGGAAGAAGCCAAAUAAAUAUAUGUGCUAAUUUUGUGCGUUAUGCUAAAAUUAACGCACAAAAUUACUAAUAACUAUGUGAGAAUUAUAGUUAGAUUACAUUUGGAGCUCAAAAUGAAUCAUCA